UUUGCAGAUGUUUAAUUGAGAAACCUUAAUUUUUUGAAUGAACCCCCUUUUUUCUGUUCGACAAUGGAUUGAACACAGAAAAUUGAGGGUAGUAUCUACAAUAGCUGCACAAAUUCGCCGAGCUCUUCCGUUUCUACAAAAUUUGUUCGUUUUAGGUAUCGGGAUGUAGGUACAUAAUUGAAAACUCAUAGUUUUCUGUACGAAAUCCAUUGCUGAACAAGAAAAAUGGUUUUUCAGUUAAAGAAAUGAAGCCAUCGCAUUUUUUAUAACUGCAAACAGUAUUAGGUAUAAACAAAGAACAGUUACUCAUGGUUAAAAAGGGAUUUAUUAUCUAAAUGAGUGUAUUUCCAAAAAAUUUCGAAAAAACGCACAAAUCAUUGAAAAAAAAAUGAUAGUAAAAGAGAAAAGGGUAUAUAAUUAUAAAACUAACACCGAUAAUCUAACUUUUUUCAAGUACCUACCUACAGAUGUUGUUUUCAUCAUUGCAAUUACUGCAAAGGACAUCAACUCUAUUGAUAGCAACUUUUUAUAAGGUACCUAAUGCCUCUUAGAAAAACAAAUAAAAUAUGAUAGUCUAUGUCGGGGAGGUGUUAAUGGCCCUAAAUGCAGAGGAGCAUGUCACAAAAAACAUCGUAAUCUCCAGCAAUGAAAUUAAAGACCUUUUCACUUUCACUAAUUGUGCAGUAAUUAAUAGCUUCCAAAUCGUAAUCACGUUUAUUGUUAGUAUUUGGUAUAAAUAGGCGGCCUAAAUUACUUUAAUUCAUUCAGUUCUUCAUAGUCUGACCGGUACGUACCUACCUAUAAAAUUGUAAAUUGUGUGGAAUUGGAGCCUGGAGGAACGAACGAUGCUUGUCAUUAAUAAUGUUAGUACUAUUAUGUCAUGUUCUUAAUAUGUUGUUUUUACGUCUUGUGUAAUUUACCACACACUAUAAUAACCCCCUGUUUUAUAUCUAACUCAUGGUUUAUUUUGUUUCAGAACGAAGUGACCUUGUUGGGAGAUUCUAACCUCAGGAGACUGGCCACUGCCCAGUUGGGCCGAAGAGCCUCGACCUAUACUUCUGUAAGUUCCAACCGCAGAAGGGUUUUUGUCGAGUUGGCCAUAGGUGGUCAAACGAUUGGCCAGCUCCGGAAGAGAGUCCUUCGAAGCCUGCGGCAGGGCGAGGAGUAUAGGUACCAGCUGGGCCGAGAGGUGAUCGUUUUGAUUGGCGGAAAUGAUAUACGCAGGAAUGCAAAAAUCCGCAGCAUUCGCGUAGGGAUGCACCGGCUGUUGCAAGAUUUGAAAAGGUGCAAGAUUCGAGUCAAUCUGUGCACUUACCCCACUAUAAAACUCCCUCCACUGCAGCAAGACGUUGCUGUCCAAUUUAACGAGUUUUUAAGGAGUGUGGCGAAUAAAAAUGUUCACAUAAGACUCAUCGAUAUUGCUGUGGUGGUGGGAGACCAAGAGCAGUACUUCGAAGAGGACGGAAUUCACCUUAAUAUGGCGGGAUUAACUUUAUUUAAUUCUUUAUUGUAAAUACGCACAUAUUG